CAUCACUUCAGAGGUGCAAAUGUAGAAUAUACUCAUGGUGUCAUUUGUUAAUGAAACACUGAUUAAUGUGUAUCUAAUGCACUUCAAACUACUACCAGAAAUAGUAGCUCCCUUGGUUGCUUUAAAGUCUGGCCCAGAAUUUCCCAAUCUCAAAAAGUCCUUGAACCUCUAAUACCCUAAAAGCCUUAGGAUGGGAUAUGGAAGAGCAGUAAACCAAAGGCAUAGAGAUUAAUUACUUCAAGUAGUCCUUCAUGGAGCACUGUUUUAUUUCAUUUCCUUUCUGCUAAAGGUUGUUAGUCCCUGCAAAAUGGAAGAGGUAGAUCUUGGAAGAGAAAGUUCCCCAGACUAGAGAAUGCUGUGAGGAUCAAAUUCAGUGUAUCAUCAAACACCUGGAAACUCAGAGGCAACUGUAAUGAUUAAUUGUUUCAAGUAAUUUUUGUGAACAGUUCUAAAAAUAGAUGAUUUGCCUGCAGACGGUGUUAAUAAAUUCUAAACUAUAGUGGUAACAAAAUUAUGUAGCUAGGAUAUUUCAGCUCUUCCUGAAGGAAUUUACUAUUAAUGGCUGAAGGGAUUUCGUCAUUACUUUUUGACAGAGAAUGCUCUCUGAAAAUACAGAAUAAUUUUUGCAUUAUGUUCAGAAUAGGUCAGAGCCAGAAUAGAAUUAUAUGUGUUGUUGAACUGUGAUGUAGCAAUGCAUCACAUGUUUCUUUAGAAAACGUCCAGCUUAACCUGAAAAGCAGUAGACUGGUUUAAUUAGUGGUAAAUUUCCACAUGGAGUUAACACUUACAUUACAUUGUUACCUCCCUAUUGCUAGGGUAAAUAUUGUGGUUCUUCAGGUAACCAGGUGUUUAAAAGGAACAGCAAUAGAAAAGCUGCACCAAGGGCAGUGCAUGGCUUGCUUGGCAGCUUUUUGGAACUAUUGUGGUACAGAGUUAUAAGGCUGUACUAAAAAUAAUUCUACUUUGGGGCUUCCUGAAAGUGUAAUUUAGCAGAAUUUGAAAUGCACAAACACCAGGAAUUGCUUUUGAUUCCAGUCAAUUCAUAUGUAUUUGAAGUGUCUCCACAUCUACCUCCAAAAUUAUUUCAAGAGACCAUUAUUGCAGCCAGUACCAACUGUAAUUGAAUGUGAUCUGUGUGGCUGGAAAGAUGUGUGGUCUCAUGAUUCAGUUCUGUUGGAUCUGUAGGUGUGGUGCAACGUGAGAUAUACUUUGUUUUACAACUUAACAGACUUACUGUUUUAGGAUAUGGUAUUUUCUGGCUUUAGAGUGAAGGGUUCUAGAAUUGAGGCAAUGCUUGAAAAUAAAGGAGGACAGAAAUUUUUCUGCUUCUUAAAAGCCUUCAUUGCAUAAAUGAAAAGAUAACUGCUUUGUCCGAGGGGACAUGAUGGUCCUAGCUCAGGCAGGAAGUGUACUUCAAGAAUCUUUCAAAACAGAAACAGAAGGAAGUCAUGGAGAAGAAUGGAAACAACCACAAACUUCGUGUUUGUGUUGCUACUUGCAACCGUGCGGAUUAUUCAAAAUUAGCUCCCAUUAUGUUUGGUAUUAAGGCAGAACCACAGUUUUUUGAGCUUGAUGUCGUAGUGCUUGGUUCCCACCUGAUUGAUGAUUAUGGCAAUACCUAUCGCAUGAUUGAACAAGAUGACUUCGAUAUUCACACGAGGUUGCACACCAUUGUGAGAGGGGAGGAUGAGGCAGCUAUGGUGGAGUCAGUGGGCCUUGCACUGGUCAAGUUGCCAGAUGUCCUCAACCGCCUGAAACCUGACAUAAUGAUAGUUCACGGGGACAGGUUCGACGCUUUGGCCCUGGCCACGUCUGCAGCCCUGAUGAACAUCCGCAUCCUCCACAUCGAGGGUGGGGAGGUCAGUGGGACCAUCGAUGACUCCAUCAGGCAUGCCAUAACCAAGCUGGCCCAUUACCACGUGUGCUGCACAAGGAGUGCAGAGCAGCACCUGAUAGCCAUGUGUGAGGACCACGACCGCAUCCUCUUGGCGGGCUGUCCCUCGUAUGACAAACUUCUCUCUGCCAAAAACAAGGACUACAUGAGUAUUAUACGCGUGUGGCUAGGUGAAGAUGUCAAAACCAGAGAUUAUAUAGUUGCUCUGCAGCAUCCUGUGACCACAGACAUUAAACAUUCCAUAAAGAUGUUUGAGCUGACACUAGAUGCACUCAUCUCCUUCAACAAGAGAACACUUGUUCUAUUCCCUAAUGUGGAUGCAGGAAGCAAAGAGAUGGUUCGCGUGAUGAGGAAGAAGGGGAUUGAACAUCAUCCCAAUUUUCGGGCAGUAAAGCAUGUCCCAUUUGACCAGUUCAUUCAGCUGGUCGCUCAUGCUGGUUGUAUGAUUGGUAACAGCAGUUGUGGUGUCAGAGAGGUGGGAGCGUUUGGUACACCUGUCAUUAACCUGGGGACGCGUCAGACAGGAAGAGAAACAGGUGAAAAUGUUCUUCACGUUCGUGAUGCUGAUACACAGGAUAAGAUUCUGCAUGCUCUACAGCUUCAGUUUGGUAAGCAAUAUCCAUGCUCAAAAAUAUAUGGAGAUGGUAAUGCUGUUCCAAGGAUCUUGAAGUUCCUUAAAUCCAUUGACCUCAAAGAACCAUUGCAAAAGAAAUUCUGUUUUCCUCCUGUCAAAGAUAAUAUCUCUCAAGAUAUUGACCAUAUUCUAGAGACACAGAGUGCUCUGGCUGUGGAUCUAGGUGGAACAAACCUCCGAGUAGCAAUUGUCAGUAUGAAGGGUGAAAUAGUUAAGAAGUAUACCCAGCUGAACCCUAAAACCUAUGAAGACAGACUGGAAUUAAUUCUAAAGAUGUGUGUAGAGGCUGCAUCAGAAGCAGUAAAUGUAAACUGCAGAAUUUUGGGAGUAGGUAUUUCCACAGGUGGACGUGUAAACCCCCGAGAAGGAAUUGUGCUUCACUCUACGAAACUCAUUCAGGAGUGGAGCUCCGUGGAUCUCAGAACUCCCAUAUCUGAUGCUCUGCACCUGCCAGUCUGGGUGGACAAUGAUGGAAACUGUGCUGCUCUAGCAGAGAGGAAAUUUGGUCAUGGAAAAGGAGUAGAAAAUUUUGUAACACUCAUUACCGGUACAGGAAUCGGAGGUGGAAUCGUUCAUCAGCAUGAACUGAUCCAUGGCAGUUCUUUCUGUGCCGCUGAGCUUGGGCAUAUUGUCGUAUCUUUGGAUGGACCAGAGUGCCUGUGUGGUAGCCAAGGAUGUAUCGAAGCAUAUGCCUCAGGAAUAGCAUUACAGAGAGAAGCCAAGAAACUGCACGAUGAUGAUCUGCUUUUAGUAGAAGGAAUGUCAAUGAAGAAGGAGGAGACAGUUAGCGCUGCACAUCUUAUUCAAGCAGCUAAGCUUGGGAAUGCCAAAGCAGAGAGCAUUCUCAGAACAGCUGGGACUGCAUUAGGCCUCGGAGUGGUGAACAUUCUACACACUGUGAACCCCUCUCUUGUGAUCCUUUCUGGAGUUCUAGCUAACCACUAUGUUAAUGCUGUCAAAGACGUGAUAAAUCGACAGGCUUUGUCCUCUGUUAAAACGGUGGAUGUGGUGGUCUCAAAUCUAGCAGAUCCUGCUCUUCUUGGAGCUGCUAGCCUGGUACUGGAUUAUACCACACGUAGAAUAUACUAG